CCCUCAGAUACAUCCGUAUUUACGUCAUAAGUAACGGACGCGGUGUUGUUGAUGGUUGAGAAAUGUUCAACAUUUUCUGCUUUUGUGUGUAGCUAGCUAGGUUGUUUAACCUUAAUUAUAUUAACGUUAUAUUGGAUCAGAAGACACAAUGUCAGAAUAUUGGAAGUCCCAGCCGAAGAAAUUCUGCCAGUACUGCAAGUGCUGGAUAGCCGACAAUAAACCUAGUGUUGAGUUUCAUGAACGAGGGAAGAAUCACAAAGAAAAUGUUGCUGCCAAAAUUGCUGAGAUGCAAAAGAAGAGCAUUGACAAGGCGAAGAAGGAGGAUCGUCAGUCUAAAGAGUUUGCAACGAUGGAGGCGGCUGCACUGAAAGCUUAUGAGGAGGAUAUGAAAAGGUUGGGGAUAAAACCAUCAGGUUCCCCAUCUCAAACCAAAGCCCAAACUCCAAGCCCAGUUCCAUCUCAAUCUCCACCUCGAAAACAAGAAAAGAAGCGAAAGCCUGGAAAGGAGAGGAUGCCCAGAAACGAAUCAGAGAACUGGGUGGAGGGAAAGACAGGCGAAGGACUCACAUACUACUACAACUCUAUGACAGGAGAAUCUCUGUGGGACAAACCAUAUGGGUUGCAGGGAAAGAGCACACCCUCUCCACAGCCGGGUCAAACCGAGAUCUCCUUAGGUAGUGCCUGGAUGGAGGCCGUCAGUUCUGAUGGAUUUACAUACUACUACAACACAGAGACUGGAGAGUCCAGCUGGGAAAGACCUGCAGAUCUCCCUGCCGGUGGUGAGUCUGGGUCUGGGCCCGGGCCCAGUGGAGAGACCGUGGGCCCCCCAGGGUUAGAUGACCCAUCUGCCCUGCAGCCAGAACCCCUCUCUGGGGAGGACUGCUCCAACAGUACCAAAGGAGACGGGGAGAGAGAGGAUUCCAAACAGAAUACACCGCCUUCAGACAAGGAGGGAGAGGAUAAAGAUGGUGAGGAUGAUGACGGGGGGAAGGGAGACGAAGGGGCCAAAGACACACCGGCAGCUGUGCCUGAGGAGAAAGAGGAGAGGCCUGUUGUUAAGAAGCCCAGAAAGACCAACCCUUACGGAGCCUGGGAGCAGAUACAGGAAGAAGAAGAGCCUUAUGAGAAAGUGGACCUGCAGCUACCACAGGUGGAAGGAGCAGCUAGCGCCCCCGCGGAGCUGCCGCCUGAGCCCAAACCCAAGUUUAGGGAGCGUAUCAUCACCUCUCUGGGCGACGAGGGAGGCCCCGCGUCGGGAGCCGGGGCCACGUUCAGGAAGAGGAAAGCAGAGAACGGGAAAUCCUCCAGGAGCCUGAGGCAACGGGGAGAUGAUGACUAAUACUCAGGCUAACUCAGAUAUUAACUCUUUUUAAACAGACACAAGGCUUGACAAACUGGGGCUUGACAAGGCUUGACAAAUGUUGUUGGAGACUGUUGUUAUUGUGUAAGGGGACAAUUUGAGCAACGUCAUAUAAUACCUGGAUACGCAGGUCAGGUCCCUGUGGGCUACAGAGAACUCGAGUUAGCUACUCACCAAGAUGCCAUCAUUUCAGAAUUGUUCAGGUUGAAUUUUACCCAUCCAACCACCCAAGUUACAGUAUAUAUCAGCAGUUUUUGGGGUUGAAUAGUACAAGCAGACGUCUGAAACCAGCUGGAUCAGUGGCUUUAGUUGUCCUAACCUCAAGUGUUACUCUUUACAAUUUCCUUUUUCAAUGCCUGAUGCCCUCCUGCUUGUUUUUGAGUUGAAUAGCGUACAGCCGUGACGGACAGACUAUCAUUCCCAGAGGUAUGUUCUUAUGCGUGUGUGAUGUAUUUUUAACUGGAUCAUUUGUGGAUGGCUUGUGAAGGACCCCUGUGAUGUCCUUACUGUGGUGGUGGUGGUUAUUUUCCACAUCACCACCAGUACAUUCUCAUGCCUGGGUUUCCCAAAACCAUCGUAGCACUACGGUCAUCUUUUGUCUAUUUAUUUUCAAUGGUAUUAAUAUCCUAGUGCUACGAUGCUUUGGGGAAUCCCAGACGUGAACCGUACUCCAGCAUGGUUGGAGUAUGCGAGAAAGAAUGCAAAGCAAGUUUUCUACAGUAUGAUUGAUUAAAGAUUGUACUUUAUUUUUUUAUUGCGAGCACUGAAUAUAUAUUCUGCUGGUGUGGA